ACAAGCUGCACUGUUCAGUGUCUACAAUAAAAUGGGUCACAUUUGUUUGAAUAUUUGAGCUGGGACUUUGUUGGAUGUUUCACCAAUUUGUUUAAGGUCCAGGCAACAGUUCUAUGUAGUUACAGAUAGGGCCACAUUUUCCCAUGAGCCUCUGCUCCGGUCUCACGGUGGAUCUCUUAAUGAGAUUACCUAUUUUCAGUCCUGGAGUAUGACUGAGGCACAAAAUGAAGCAAAUGCAGGAUGGGAGCUUGUGAAAAUUGAUUUGCAGGUUUAGCAAGUUGAGGAUUUGAAUACAUUUUCAUAGAAAGUAUUUGACUGUGAUGCAGCGAUGAGCACUGAGCCUGAUGCAGACGCCGACGGCCUGUCCGUCAUGCCGUGCAGUGAGGGCAGUGAGGAAGAGGCGAGUGAAGAGGAGCUGCCCAUCACAAGCUGGAAUGAGCUGUCCAUCAUAGAGCGCGUCGGUCUCAGCAGGUACAACAGCGAGGAGAUGUCAGAAAAAGACUUGGAGUCGGCCUUCUCCCAGAUCGCCCUGGCCUUCCGCUCCGACCAGUACACCCUGAAGCAGAGGCUGCAGGCGGAGGAGCACGCCCGCAACCUGGCCGAGGAGAACAUCCAGCUGGAGCUGACCAGAGGACGCGAGACCCUGGAGACACUGAAGGGCCUGUGUUUGGACAGCAAGCGCAGUAAGAUCCUGCAGAGGCUGCAGCUGUCCCUGGACAUCCUCAGUGGGACUGUGGAGCGGAUUUCCAACACGGCCGAGGUGCUCGGGGCCGUGCACCAGGAGGCCCGGGUGAGUCGGGCGGUGGAGCUCAUGGUGGCUCACGUUGAGAACCUGAAGCGGCGACUUGACCGUAGCGCGGCGGCGCUGACGGACGCCAAGACGCUGCUGCAGCAGCAGGAGUCCAGCAGCCACGGCGCCGACCCGGGGACGUCGUCAGGGUCGGAGGUGACGGAGGAGAAGGCCAAAGGCCUCGCCCAGAACUCACUUCGUCGUCGGGUCAGUAUUAUAAUCAUUUCCAGUCACACCCAGGACAAGAAGAAAUCAGACGGCACAAAAGAGGAAGGGUCGCCCAUCAAGUCCCCCGGAGCCUGCACGCCGUCGCCCCCGAGCCCUGAGCCCAGCGGCUCAGCUGACGACAGGACACUUGAUCCAGAGGAAACGUCGGAUCCUCCAGAAGCAGCUGCGCAGCUUCCCGCUGUCACUAGUCCCUCACACGGCAACACAGAGCGACUCUCAUCAGGCAAAAAGUGCAAAGACAAGACACCAAACAAAAGCCCUAAUAAAAAGUCAGACGUGGAUAAAAAGAAGAACCCUCCGAGGACGCCGGCGAACGCGUGCGGCUCUUUGUGGAGACGACGUCCUCUGCUCCAGUGGCUGCACUGCUGCCGCUGGCUGCUGCUCGGCGUCUACCUGCUCAUCGUUCUGGCCGCUGUCACACUGAUCUGCUAUUUGUGGAAGCCUAGUGAUGAAGCGCUCAAGCUUUGAUCUGGUUGUUUAUGCUACAAAAUGUCUGGAAACGCGUUGUAUUUGAAUAGAAGACAUUUUAAUGGU